CACUUUACAUAUAUAACAAAAACAAGGAAGAAAACUAUAAAACCAUAAGAUUUUAUUAUUUCUUUCUACAAUGAGCAUAUUGAAAAGUUUAGUGACCAUCUUCGUUCUCGGAAUAUUUUUAACACCUCGUUAUUCCGAAUCUGCGAUAUCUUGCAGUGUUGUUCUAAGCGAUUUGCAGCCAUGUGUUAGCUACUUGACUAGCGGAAGUGGACAACCUCCGGAGACUUGCUGCGACGGAGUUAGGAGUUUAGAUGCAGCGACCACUACAUCCGCUGAUAAAAAGGCGGCUUGUCAAUGCAUCAAGUCAGUGGCCAACAGUGUCACCGUGAAGCCUGAAUUGGCUAAAGCCCUCGCUAGCAAUUGUAACGCGAGCUUGCCUGUUGAUGCAUCUUCUACGGUCGACUGCAAUACGGUUGGUUGAGAUAUUUUCAGUAUCGAGGAGUGGUCCGUCUAUCAUUCUUAUGUAUGACAUUUACAUCAAUAAAGGCCUUGUAUUAUCUUGUUUGUGUCUCUAGGCCAAAUCAUUAUAAGGUUCAUAUAAUUUCGUUAUGUAUGCAUAUGUUCAUGUAUAACAGUAUAAGUAAUAUUUUUGAGAUAUUUUCAGUAUCGAGGAGUGGUCCGUCUAUCAUUCUUACGUAUGACAUUUACAUCAAUAAAGGCCUUGUAUUAUCUUGUUUGUGUCUCUAGGCCAACUUAUAAGGUUCAUAUAAUUUCGUUAUGUAUGCAUAUGUUCAUGUAUAAGUAAUAUCUCUUAAAUUA